GAAGAAGCCAACAAUCGCUAACAGAAGAAAAGCAAUCGAACAACAUCGCCAUGGAAUCUUACCCAUUACAGUGCAUUAAAUCCUUCCUAUCUCCCUUCCCACCCUUCGCCCGAGCAAAACCCAUCUCCCAAUUCCUUCCGAACAUCCGUACCAGAUCCUUUCAAACCCAAACUCCUUCCUUCCGUUCACCGGCGACAAGGUUUUCAGUAGCUGUAAAGAACCCGAGAGGCUUUGGGGCGGCGUCCACGAAGAAGAGAAAGACAAAGCAGAAGCCAAAGAGAGAUGUAGACGAAGACGAUGCCGAUGCCGAUGCCGAUGCUGAAGAAGAACCUGAUGACGACACGAUACCUGAGGUAGUUACGAACCGGAUGAUGAGCAGAAUGGGAUUCUCGGUUGGGAUUCCGCUCUCCUGUGGGUUGCUUUUCUUCCCGUUCUUCUAUUACCUGAAGGUAGUGAUGAAAAUUGAUAUCCCCACAUGGAUUCCUUUCGGAGUAUCCUUCAUCUUCUUUGGAUUGGCUCUGUUGGGAGUUAGCUAUGGGAUCGUGUCGUCGAGUUGGGAUCCGAUGAGGGAAGGUUCUUUCUUGGGAUGGAAUGAAGCUCAGAGGAAUUGGCCCGUGUUCUGGCAAUCUCUGAGGGGAAGAUCAGAAAAGAAGUAAAGAGAGAGAGAGAGAGAGAGAGAGAGAGAGAAAGAGACACAGAAGUGAGAACCAUGUGAUGUGACAGAGAGUUGCUCAGAAAUCAAAAACAGAUCAACACGAGAUCGAGAAACAAA